AAAGUUAGCUUCGAGCCCGCUCACCGGGUGAACUCGUAACCGAGUCACCUUCCACAACAACUCAGUCUCCCACAUACAAUUUCCAGCUCCAAACACACACAGACCCACAAACAGAACUUAACAAAAACCAAAAAUCGAACCAAAACCCACAAAGAUUUUUCCCCAAAGGGGCUCUUUCGAUGGAUUUUUCAAAGCAGCACGAAGAUAUCUUCGGCCAGGACUAUGAUGACGACGACCAUAAUACCCAAGAUGCGGCCCAUUCAUCCUCACCAUCCUCCUCCUCAUCAUCGUCGUCUUCAUCAUCUUCAUCGUCGUCGGCUUCUUCUUCAUCCAACGGCAGCGAUGGAGGCGAGUCCAGCAGUGGCAAUAGCCCAAGCGCCAGCAGUGCUGGGGGUGGUGGUGGUGAAGAAGAGGAAGAGAAUGGUGACGAGGCUGAUAAUUCAAACGCCGCCAACAGCAAUGAGUUUAACAAUAGGGGUUAUUUUGGGGAUGGAGAUAAGGAUCUGUUCGGGUCUGAUAAUGAAGAUUUCUGUAAAACCCCUGCUACUAGUCCUUUCCUUAUUCCUGUAUUGCCUGUCAUACGCAAUACUAAUAAUCAGGGUAGAGGAAAUUUUGGGCGUGGUCGUUGGCAAUCAGGGCAUCCAAAUGACAGAGGUGCAGGCAUCCUUCCCCGACCCGGACCUUAUCCACAGAGGCAUAAUUACGGUUAUGGUUCAAAGUUCUCAAAUGGUCAUCGUGAUGAACGAUUUGUUUCGGAUCUAAGACUUACAAAGAGUGAAGAAACACUAUCGAGAAAGAUGAUUGCAUUUCAGGAACCCUGUGAACUUGCUUGCUAUAGUCGGGUAGAAGGUGGAGAUGUCACCUUUGAUGAUACCAGCUUGAGGCUUUUCAAACGUCUUAUUACUGAAGACAUUGGAGCCGAUCUCAAUGAUGGUUAUGAUACUUUUAUUGGAAAGAAAGAUUUGGGCUCUCAAGGUUUUGGUGACCUUCUUGCCUGCAUAAGAGACAAGAAUAUUCCGCUUCAAAAUAUUCAUUUUGUGACUUAUCGUAACAAUCUUAACAAGAUAUUGGCCACUGCUUACAUUCGGCACGAGCCUUGGGAAAUGGGAGUGCAUAAAAGGAAUGGGGUUGUCUAUCUUGAUGUGCAUAAACUACCUGAAAGGCCACAAAGUGAAUUGGAUCGUCGAAGGUGUUACUGGGGUUAUUGUUUUGAGAGUCUUGCCACUGAAGAUCCAGGGAGAGGUGACGGAGGGAUACAUCAUGUUGAUGCCAAUGUUGAAUUCUGUUCUGUGAUCAAAACAAAAUUAGGGGCCCAUCGUAUUCUAAUGGGUGCUGAAAUGGAUUGUUGUGAUUCAACUGAUGAUGGGAGGAGGUUUUAUGUGGAGCUAAAGACAAGUCGUGAGUUGGAUUAUCAUACAGAGGAAAGAUUUGAGAGAGAGAAGCUCCUCAAGUUUUGGAUACAAUCAUUCUUAGCGGGUGUUCCCUAUAUUGUCAUUGGAUUUAGGGAUGAUGCCGGUCGACUUGUUCGCACAGAGAGACUAAGAACCAAAGAUAUAACACAAAGAGUGAAAAUGAAGAACUACUGGCAGGGAGGAGUUUGCUUGGCAUUUGCUGAUGAGGUAUUAUGCUGGCUGUACGGGACAGUUAAAGAGAAUGAAGAUUACAUAUUGCAGUUUGCUCCUCCUUUCAACCGUUUGGAGCUUUUACAGGCCCAAUCUUGCCCUGAGGAAAUCACUAACCAUGUUCAGCAAUUGUAGACAUCCAGUGACGCCUGCUAUCUGACGAAUAGAGAGAGAAGUAGGGAUGGGUUUAUAUUAUUCAUUACGCAUAUUCGCCAUCGUUCUUGCUUCAAAUUAAUUGUAGCUUUGAGGCUAAGAACUUACUGUUAUCUUAUGAUCAGCUACCCCACAAUGGCUGUGUCAAAAUUGAAUUUUUUUCUUUUUCAUAGUAGUCAGAUCAUUGUAAUGUGGCUGAAGUCGUCAGUUGAGAAAUUAUGUUUAAUUUCUGUU